UCAUUUGUUUUGUAUUUAUUUUCCAAAUUUUGAUUAAAUUUGGACUAUAUUUUUUUUGACUGCGUUGUGUUUAGGUUAAUCCACCCGCACAAAAAAAAAAAGAAAAGCAAAAGUGUAAAAUCAAAAUUUUACACAAAAAUUGUAAUUUGUAAUUAAUAAAUAUCAAAAUAAACUAACUGGCAAAUAAACAUUCCAUUUAAAUAAAAAUAAAGAAAAACAAAAAUGGAUUCCGAAGAAGUGUCACCGGGAGCAAAAAUCCAAAAAGGCUUUCAAAUUAAUUACAUGAUUCUUCGUGAUGCCGACACUGGCAACAUAAUUUGGCAAGAAAACAAAGACUUUGCGUCGCCAGAUCACGAACACGAAGCCAAAGUGCCGGUCAAGAUUCUUGACUUGCGAGCGGUUUCGCGGGAAAUUAACUUUAGCACAAUCGAAUCAAUGGAGAACUUCCGAUUGGAUCAAAAAGUCUUAUUCAAAGGACGAAUAAUGGAAGAAUGGUUUUUUGAGAUGGGUUGGGUUGGGCCAAACACAACAAACACUUGGCAAUCGACAAUUGAAGCUGCCCCAGAAUCUCAAAUGAUGCCUGCUAAAAUUCUUAACGGAAAUGUAACCAUUGAAACCAGCUUCUAUGACAGGGAUACGCUUAUUACUAAAUCUAUUGUUCGCCUUUAUUACAUAUAAAAUGUUUCAAGACAAUUUAUUUAAGAUCUUUAAAAAAAAAAAAUAUAUAAAACAAUCUACCUUAACAAAAAUAUAAAAUAGAACAAAAAAGAAAAAGUAAAAUAAAAACAAAGCAAAUAUCCGUCUCUUGUUGUAUACUCGCUAAGUUAGCAUUUAAUCUUUAAACAAACAAAUAAAACAAAAAAUGUAGUUUAAAAA